AUGAAACUCCAAGCCAGGGUUGCCUUUGCCGCUAUUCCUUUUGUUCUAGGCAUCGUUCUUGCAAACGAUGAAGAGGUGACAACCACUUAUACAUCGACCGUGAAAGUUUACACCACGAGUUUGAGCCCCGACGAGAAAGUGUCGAUCGAGAGCGUUAAAUCAGUAUCUGAAGCCAGUGUUGCGUCUGAAAGCGCUCAACAAUUUGCUAGUUCCUUUUCUUCGGUUUCUGCGGCCUCCGUAUCUGCCGAGCAAUCAUCAAUUGCUUCUCAAUCGUAUGUCAGCGCCGUAAAGGCUGCUAGCAUUGCUAGCGUACAGGCUAAAAGCUCUACAUCAACAGCUUCAGACUCGAGAUCUCAACCAUCAGAAAACUUGACGUCAAGAUCGCUGACUUCAAAGUCUCUGAUCUCUGUCUCGCAAGUUCCAGUUUCCCAACUCUCAGCACCUCAAAGUACUGCGUCACUGGCAUCUGUAUCUAAGUUUUCGGCACCCCAAGCGAAUACGUCUCCGACUUCCACGUCCAGCUCUUCCGCUACUAAGAGUACAGCUUUGCAAGCUCAAUUAAGAGGUCACUCGCUUGCAGAUGCUUCAGGACUGGUCGAGGUCGCUUCUGCUAACAGCACAAUUUCCUCUACUACUUAUCCUUCAUCAUCGAUUUCAUCGAUCUCAUCGAACUCUAAUGUUACAUCGGCCAUAGCUCGAAUUUCCUCGCUAGGAUCUUCGAGCUCUUCUCCAACCCAAUCGAGUCAUGGCGCAGGCGUUGCUUUGGUAGCAAAUGGACUAUUCGUUGGAGCCGCUGGAGGUUUUGUUCUCGGCAUCCUCUAA